AUGGCUCCGUUAGAUUUGUCGAAAUAUCCAGCCAUUGCAAAAUUGCCACUAGCUGAGCCCCUUGGCAUUGAAAGCACCCAGGCUCCGAUUGACAUACUAAUUGGGAGCGACCAGUACUUUGAAUUUGUGGGUCUGGAGCACUUGAAAUUGGGAAAUGGGAUUGUAAUGCUUGACACCAAACUGGGUUUCAUCCCGACGGGUAAAGCAGACCAACAUGAUUCAAUGCCAGAGAUCCAUGCAAUGUGCACGUCUGUUGAAAGCGAAGUACAACAUCCAGAUUUCGACCUACAGAAAUUCUGGAAGCUAGAGCAGAUUGGCAUAGAUGAAGAUAAUGGAGUCACAGAUGACACCCUAGCGUACGACAACUUCAAUGCAAAUGUUGAGUUCAUUAAUGGUCGUUAUGUAGUGUCAUGGCCAUGGAAAUUAGACCCAGAAACUUGCCUACCAGAGAACUUGGAUUUGGCCAAAGGUAGAUUGAAAUCUCUCAUGCACAGAAUGGAAAAAACACCAGAAGUACUCGCGAAGUAUCACGAAACGAUACUGGGACAAAUGGAAAUGGGUGUGAUUGAAGAAGUCAACGACUCUAGCAGCGAAAUACGCAGUGACAACAACAAUGGCAGUCACACUGACAACAACACAGAAAGCAGCAUACAUCACUACAUACCACACCACUGUGUAGUCAAGCCGAGCGCCAAGACGACGUAG